AUGACGACAUCAUCAUUAAAGCCAUCGACAUCAAAUGAAAUGACAAGCCAGGUGAAAGCUCGGAAGUUCAAGAAAAUUCCGGUAUUUAUUGUUGAAGCUCACAAUGAUGUUCUUGAACUUAUACUACCAUCACUUGCGAAUCGUUAUCUCCCAUUUCAAGACAAUUUAAUGAUUCAUUUCGAUUCACAUCCUGAUCUCUGUGUUCCUCGACAAAUGCCAGUGGAAGUUGUUCGCAAUCGACAACUUUUAAUUGAAAGUUUAAGCAUUGAAAAUUGGAUUGUUCCAUUAAUGUAUUCAAAGCAUAUCAACGAUGUUGUUUGGGUUCGUCCAAGUUGGUCGGGUCAGAUUGAAAAUGGUCGUCAUCAAUUCUCUGUUGGAGAUUGUGAUGACAAAAUCUUCGUAAGUUCAACAAUGGAAUAUUUCUUAUCUGAUGGAACGUACAAGAAUGAAAAUCUGCUCAAAAAUGCAAAGAAAGUCACAUUACAAGUUUGCGAAUCAUCAGAGUUGUUGGAAUUAAAUGAUGGCCAGCAAUGGAUCUUAGACAUUGACCUUGAUUAUUUCAGUACGUUAAAUCCUUUCAUCGCAAUUUAUCCGAAGGCUAACACAUAUGAGAAACUGAAAGCAAUCUUUCAUGUUGAUAAAUGCUAUGAUCAAAAGGAUCCUGAAGCAAUCACCCGCUACGUUAAUGAGAGAAAUCAUCAACUUGAGUUCUUUGAAUCCAUUUUUCAACAUAUGGCGCAGAACGGGUCGCUGGAAAAGUUCAAGUACGAAGACCCAUCAAUGGAUGAAAAAUUUGAUCUCGUUAAAGAGUUGAUUGAAUGUUUAUGUCAUCAUUAUUCAAUUUUCGACAUUGACUGGUUUGUCGUUAACGAUGCUGGUUGUACAUGUGAUGACGACAAAUAUCAACUCCCUCACCAUGAAACAUCGAAUGAACAAAUCAAGGAAAUGAUAGCAAAAUUUGAAAACUUUUUGUUGAACUUGAAAACGUCACCGACGCUGAUAACUAUCGCUCGGUCUUCACUUGAUGGCUACACACCACCAAAUCAAGUUGAACUAAUUCAAAGCCAAGUUCUUCAAGUUCUCAGAAAGAUUUACGGAGAAAAUUUGGCACCUGAAACUUUAUGGUAUAAAAAUACUUCAACCAACAUGACAGCUCUUGAAAUGAUUCAACCAAAGAGAGGAUCUCAGUCAUAA